CCUGUAUCCCAGAAUGCAGUGCGCGCUAUGCGACCUCUCCGGACGAGCAGCCUAACGGUUAGGACGACGGGACAGAUUGAGCAGAGGAAGAUGUCGGACGUGAUUGAGGAGAAGAUACAGAACUACAGGACGGCUCCCUUUGAUGCCCGCUUCCCCAACACUAACCAGACACGCAACUGUUACCAGAACUACCUCGACUUUCACCGGUGCAACAAAGCACUGACAGCUAAAGGUCUUGAUGUGGCCCCCUGUGAAUGGUACCAGAGGGUCUUCAAAAGUCUUUGCCCUAUUGGCUGGGUUGAGAAAUGGAACGACCAGGUUGAAAAUGGCAGUUUUCCUGGCAGAAUUUGAAGCCCCUCUGUGAAUCCUCAGCUCUGCCUGCAUAAUCUUUAAACAUUCUGUUACUAUACGUUUCACUAUACUGAUAAUAAACACUUUACUCUGA